AUUAAUGUUCGUAACACCAGUUGACGUAAUCUGCGAUCGAAAAGUGACCGGACACUGGACAAAAUGGAGUGUUUUUCAGGCAUGAUCUUACAAAAAUUUUCAAGUGCUAAUGUUAGACAAAAGGAAGUAAAACAAUGUACUUUUACAGUUCAUAGGCAAUAAUUGCGUGGCGUGUAAUAUUCAGCUAUUUGUGUAAACUUAAACAUAUUCUUAAUUUAAAGAGAAAAGUUGUUUGGUGAAAUAAUUUAAGAUUAAAUUAGGACCUGAGUUUUUUCAACCUAUCAGAGAGAUGUAUGGAACCAUUAAGGUGGGGCAAAGAUUACAAAUAUGACUUGUUUGAGUAUUCUCAUUACCUGUUUGCUGGGUAAUGUCUGGAUAUUAGAGGGAGAACUUACAUGUUAAUCAUUUAAAUGGUUAAAGAGUUUAUUUUAUCCUUACCUUUGACCGAUAGAGGCAAUGUUCCGCAACAAGCGGAAACCCUCCCACGCGUAAGAAAGGAUGUAAUCAAGUAGAAAUCCCGGAAAAAUGACCUAAAAGGUUUACAAUUUGAUAAAAAUAAAGAAAUUGAGAGUGCACACUGAAGAGUAUUUUAAGAGUGUCAAAGUCGGUGCCAAUGUCCUUCAAUCUAUACAAAGGUGAUGUUAAAGAAAGUGUUUGAUGAAAACUGGUGUUAAAAGAGAUAUUUAUGGCACCUAUAUCGAACAAUGAGUGAUAUCGACCUUUUCUGCACAGUUGUCUUUAAGUAAUUUUACUUAAACAAAACGGCUUCAUUGGAGACUAAUUGUAGACAGGUGUGCCCAAAGCUGGAAUAUUGAAAGCUGGAUUGAAGCCUAAACGUCUUCCUGUUUGCAUUCUUCAAUACUACACCCUUACACUGUUUGUUACGUUGUUUUGACCGCACAGAGCUUGAUGUUGUCUCCAGUGAUCCUUAAGUGUGAGAAUGUGACGUAUGCUUCGUUUUUGUUUCCGCUUGUUGCGGACCAUUGCCUCUGAACCUCGAACCAGGAUAGUAUUGGAGUGGACUGUCAAUGGACUGGACUAAUGGAGGCAAACUUGCGGAAAAUUUAAUCGCACUCAAAAGUUGCGUUGCAAAACAAAAUAUUACUUUAGACGUAAAUUUCAUUUUCUUUGGAAGUGUCGUUACCAGAGAAAUUUCACUCAUCCCGACCCUCUCGUCCCUGCCCCAAGUACCGAGGGGGUGAGACGGGGUUAACAAUUUCUCAGAAUUUGUUUGUUUAUAGGUGAUGCAGCUAGACAAAGAAUUCAGUUUGUGGUAGAAUUUGUAUGCCGCACCUGGGAAAUAUGCUGCGAACUACUCAACAGUUAUACACAACAACAUUUAUGCUGAUAGUCCUCGUUAUAGGGUUAGCAAUAGUUGAACCACGAGUCCAAAUAAUAAGUCCAAUAAAGAACCAAAUUAUCAAGUCCAACCAGUCCGUCUUAUUUAACUGUACUGUCAGUUUGGAAAAAAAUGUCAGUGGAACAAUUCAGUGGAACAAAGAUGGUUUUUUCAUUCCACCCACUAAGAAAUCUCAACAUUGGGCAAGUUUUGAACGUGAGGAUCUCCAAGCAGAUGAUGAAGGAAUUUAUAAGUGCACUUACUUGGAUGGUGAGAGUGAUCAAGUGGGAGUGUGCCUUGCAGAAAAACCACAGGUGUGGCCUCUUUACCACACCAGUCCAAGAAAGGUUCAUUUGGAUGAUAACCCCACACUGGGCUGUUUUGCUAUGGGAUGUCCAACACCAGACAUCAUUUGGUUUAAAGAUAAUUUACCAUUAACUGCACUAGGCAAAGACCAUCACUUUUCCGUUGACACCAAGACACCCCAGAUUGGAAAUCGUACAUCAGACUUGGAGAUAAAGGCAGUUCAAUUUGAUGAUAAAGGGGACUAUGUUUGUGCAGCUCAUAAUGCUCUUGGAAGUUACAACUACACAAUAUCACUUUAUGUUACAGAAGAUGAGAAACGAUAUCUUCCUACAAUAGAAGCACAGAAACCAAAGUACACUGCUGAAGUUGCUACCGACGUAACCCUCUUUUGUGUGGGGGAAGACGUCGAAAAGGUCUUUAGCACCUUUGUUUUUUGGAAAUUCAAAGGAGAAACACUCUUAAAUUCUAGUAAACACUACACAGUAAAUGAUUUUUACACCCAUGAGGCAGGGAGUACACCUAAAGUACGAACAGAACUCACCUUGUUAAACUUGAGCUAUGAGGAUAGUGGAAAUUACUCUUGUGUGGUGAAAUAUGGACGUGGCAUUAAAAGUGAUACAGUUAUACUUGAGGUGGUUCCAAGAGAUGGCAAGAUGGAACUAUGGUUGAUUAUUGUCAUUUCUCUUGUGGUGUUUUUGGCACUGGCUCUUGUAGUUUUAAUCUUUGUUUUGUGGUGUAAGAAAAGACACUGGCAGAAAAUGAAAGCUGCUGCUGAAAAAUAUGAUAAUGAGGAUGGCUUCUUCACAAAGGACGCGUUCAUUUCGUACAGUGGCAAAGAUUACGAUUGGGUAAAAGAACAUUUGAUGCCGCUGCUAGAUCACAAUCAAAUCGAUUAUAUAAUUCAUUCGCGCGAUUUCGAGCCGGGGAAGGCAUGGAUCGAGAACAUGGCUGACAGUGUCUAUAACAGCAGAAAAGUGAUGUUGAUCAUGUCCGCGAACUACCUAGCCAGCGGAUUCUGCAAGGAUGAGAUGUACAUGGCCGCUCACCGAGAGUCGGCGAAGAACGAUGCUUCAUUAAUUGUUGUGCGCAUUGACCCCAACAUCAAAACCGCUGACCUACCAAAGAUCCUACGGCACCGCACCUUCAUCGACGUGACCAGUCAAGAGGAAGUCACCACUUGGAAGGGGAGGAUUCUAGAGUACGUGCGCUCAGAUAGUAGACCUGUACCCCUUCCCCGGUCUGCAAUCGAAAGCGUUACGUCAAACGAAAGCAUGCAAUUUUCAGAAACGAGGACUCUUCUCUCGAUUUUUAAGUUGAAGAAGAAAAAAAGGGUGCAGAAAAAUCUGAGUAAUGUUGAACGAGAGCUUUCUCAUCAAGUUUGAUGAUGA